AGCUGUGGGACUUGCUGUCACACUGGCCGCGGAGAGCGCAGGUUCAGCGCACUCCCCGCUCAGUGUGGAGACGAGGACAACAACAACUGCAACGAAAACACAGAUCUUCUGUUCUGGUGGAUUUAUUUCUACAUCCAAGAGGACACGGGAAUCUCUGGUGGCUGAAAUGAACCGUCACGCCCUGAAUCCCCUCAGGACGGCUGUGGACGACACCUUCUGACAUGGUUGAGGGCUGAAGAUCUGCUGCUGAACGUGAGGAUGAGCCGCUUCCAGAGGAGGGGGGCGCAGGUGCUCUGCGCCCUGCUGUGCGCUCUCCAGCUCUGCAGCGCCCAGACGCAGAAAAUUUGCCCUGGUACCCAAAAUGGCCUGAGCUCCCCCAGAGACUCAGAGAUCCAGUACAACCUGAUAAAGGACAUGUACACCGGCUGCAACAUAGUGAUGGGCAACCUGGAGAUCACCAUGAUGGAGCACUACAGAGACUUCAGUUUCCUGCAGUCCAUUAAAGAGGUGACAGGCUACGUCCUGUUUGCGUUGAACGAGUUCAGCCGUCUUCCUUUGGACCAGCUCCGCGUCAUCAGAGGCAACACUCUCUAUGAUAACCAGUAUGCCUUGGCUGUGAUGAUCAACUACCAGAAGAAUGGGCAGCAUGGCCUCCAAGAGCUGGGCUUGACACACCUGACAGAGAUUCUGAGAGGAGGUGUGAAGAUCAUCCAGAAUAAGUUCCUGAGCUACGCUCCACAGGUGAAUUGGGACGACAUUGUCAAAGAAGGACCAAUCCACAAUGUGUUUGAGGAAAACGGGCCUGAAAAACCCUGUCAUGAGAGCUGUAAGGGUGUGCCAUGUUGGGGACCAGGAAGUGACAAAUGCCAGAUCUUGACCCAGACUGUGUGCGCUCCUCAGUGUAACAGCAGAUGCUUUGGCACAAACCCAAACGAGUGUUGCCACCCUGAAUGUGCAGGAGGAUGCAAGGGCCCUCUGGAUACUGACUGCUUUGCUUGCAAGAACUUCAACAACUUGGGCUCAUGUGUGCCACAGUGUCCCCAGGCUCUGAUCUACAACAGACAUACAUUUAGAAUGGAGCCCAACCCUGAUGCCAAGUACCAGUUUGGCUCUUUAUGUGUGGCCCAAUGCCCUGCAAACUUCCUGGUGGACGGUAGCUCCUGUGUGAGCAGCUGUCCCUCUGAUAAAAAAGAGGUCGAGAAGAACGGAGUGAAAAGGUGUGACCCGUGUGUAGGUCUCUGUCCAAAAGCGUGUCAAGGCACCGGAGGUCCAGGCAGAGAGACUGUUGAUGCACAUAACAUCGACAGUUUCAUAAACUGCACUAAGAUCCAGGGCAGCCUCCAUUUCCUUGUCACAGGAAUUCAUGGGGAUGUGUUCAACAACAUACCUCCUCUCAAUCCAGAAAAACUCAAAAUCUUUGAAACUGUGGAGGAGAUUACAGAUUACCUGAGCAUCCAGUCAUGGCCUGAAAGUCUGUCCAACCUGUCAGUCUUCUCCAACCUCAGAGUCAUUCAAGGCAGAACUCUUUACAAGGGAGUGAGCAAAAGGGGUUACUCUUUAAUGGUGAUGAAGAUCAAAUCCCUCAGCUCCCUCGGGUUCCGGUCGCUGCAGAAAGUAAACGAUGGUGUGGUCUACAUCACAGGAAACAAAAAGCUCUGUUAUCAGGAUACUGUAAACUGGACACGCAUCUUAAACAACCGCCCACGCCAGAAACGGCAAAAGUUUGUGGAAGUCAAAGAUAACCGCCCCUCAAACGACUGUGUUGAGGAAGGCCGUGUGUGUGACCCGCUGUGCUCUGCUGAUGGCUGCUGGGGUCCCGGGCCAGACCAGUGUGUGAGCUGCAAAAACUACAGCCGAGGAGGGGUGUGCGUGCCAGACUGCAUGUUCUUAUCUGGGGAGCAGAGGGAGUUUGCUACGCCUACAGGCGAGUGUCAGCUCUGCCACUCUCAGUGUCAGAUCCAGAAGGGCGGGACCACCUGCACCGGCCCGGGAGCAAAUCAGUGUGUGGCAUGUGCAGAACUGAAGGAUGGUCCACAUUGUGUCUCCUCAUGCCCUAAGGGUGUGAUGGGUGAAGAGGGCAUCAUCUUUAAAUACUCAGACAAGAAUAAGAAAUGUGAACAGUGCCAUGUUAACUGCACUGAGGGUUGCACCGGUCCAGGGUUGGAAAACUGUAUUGGAGCAUCUCCUCGGGUCUUUUCGAGACAAGCCACCACAGGCAUAGUCCUGGGACUGAUUGCUUUCAUCUUUGUGUCGUUCUCUGUGAUGACGCUGACGUUUCUGUACCGCCGCGGUCUCGCCAUCCGUCGCAAGAGAGCAAUGAGGAGGUACAUGGAGAGUGGAGAACAUUUUGAGCCUCUGGAAGAAAAAGAGAAAGUUUACGCUCGCAUCUUAAAGCCGGCAGAUUUGCGUAAGAUCAAGCUUCUUGGUAACGGAGCGUUUGGAUCUGUCCAUAAGGGCAUCUGGAUUCCAGAGGGUGACACAGUGAAACUGCCUGUGGCCAUAAAGACGGUUCAUGAUCGCACCGGUCGACAAACUUUCUUCGAAAUUACAGAGCACAUGAAAGCUAUAGGAAGCCUGAACCACAUCAACGUUGUGAAGACUCUUGGUAUCUGUCCUGGAGAGAGCCUGCAGCUCAUCACCCAGCUCAGCACUCAGGGCUCCCUGCUGGAGCACAUCAGGAACAACAAGAACAAGCUGAGCCCGCAGAGGCUGCUCAACUGGUGUGUGCAGAUUGCAAAGGGAAUGAAUUACCUGGAAGACAAUAAGAUGGUCCACAGAAACUUAGCGGCCAGAAAUGUACUCCUGAACAACAACUUCACCGCCCAGAUUUCUGACUAUGGGAUUGCAGAUCUGCUCUGUCCUGAGGACAAAAAGUACUUCUAUAAUGAAGUUAAGACACCUAUUAAAUGGAUGGCUUUGGAGAGCAUCUUCUUUCGCAGAUACACACAUCAGAGCGACGUCUGGAGUUACGGUGUGACAGUGUGGGAGAUGAUGUCCUAUGGGGCAGAACCGUAUGCAAACAUGCGUCCACAGGAGGUUCCUGAUCUGCUGGAAGAAGGAGAACGUUUGUCUCAGCCUUCCAUUUGCACCAUUGAUGUUUACAUGGUCAUGGUGAAAUGUUGGAUGAUUGAUGAGAACGUGCGACCGACAUUUAAGGAGUUGGCCAGUGAAUUCACUAGAAUGGCCAGAGAUCCACCUCGUUACCUGGUGAUCAAAGAGGACUGCAGCCAGCAGCAGUCCGGCCUUGAUGAAGUCACCCAGCGAAGCGCAGACCUGGAUGACUUGGACGAUCUUGAUAUUGAUAUCGAGGAUCUUGUGGUAGAGGAAGACGUUGAUGCUCCAGCCCCCCCGUACCUUUCUAGGAGUAUCAGUCGUCUCUCCAAAACAGAUACUCACAAAUUGGUGCUUAAUCCAUCAAUUGGGGCUGGGUACCUGCCAAUGACUCCAGGGGCUGACCAUGCAGUACAGUCUUCUUGGCAGUCGCGUUCAAGGCUAAACUCAGCCCGCACUGUGUCUGAGAGCUCAGAGGGCUGUGGUACAGCGGUGGAGCUGGACAUGAGCGAGGACUUCUCUAUGGCAGGGAGUCUGAAAAGGAAACGUCAGCGUCAGGACAGCGCCUAUGUGUCACAGAGAGACAGCAUGUCCGGUGGACCACCAGAGACCCCGUCCCCUGACGAAGAUGAUGAGAACGAUGAAUAUGUGCUUCCUGGGAAUAGUCCAGAAAGAGAUAAUUUGUUGACUUCAUAUCGAGCCACUCCUGGAAGAAUGGGCAAGUCUCGCUCUGGAAGCCUCUUGGACAACCCCGAUGAAGACUAUGAGUACAUGAAUAAGCAGAUGUCUCUAACACCAGUUUCUCUGAGGCACAACAACCAGCGACAGAAGCCAAACAAAAAACGAACCUCAUCUGUAUCGUCUCAAGCUACAGCCUGUUCCUUUGAAACCACUCAAUCUCUUGAGGUAAAAGGAAGACGCAUCAGUUUUGAGUCAGAGCUGCAGGAAACCAGCAGAGUUGAAUAUGAAGACAUGGACAUCAGAAGUAUUGAAAGAGAUGAAAGUCCUCCAGCACACGAGCCUCCUCCACCUCCAAUAUUGGAGAGAAGGCAAAGGAAGGUAGAAGAAGAGCAGGAAGAAGAGGAAUACAUGGAAGAUGACAACUAUCAUUACACAAACCAACAGCCGAAGCUCCGGCAAACUCUUCAAGACAAGAAAGAGCUGAAGAUCAACAGACGAGACAAAAAUGAAACUUAUGAGUAUGAGGACAUGGACUACUUUACUGCUCCACCACCUGCAGAUGCAGGGCUAUACCAGAACAUGCAGAAAGACACUGGGGAAGCAGUUGGUGCUACCAGCGGGCAUUUUUCUGGGUGUGACCCCCACGAAAAUGUACGAGCUGGACUUGGGGUUGGGGAACCUGCUGCUGGGGACACAUCCUUUGACAAUCCAGCCUACUGGCACAGUAAAAUGUUCCAUAACCCCAGUGCAGUGCCCAUAUGAAGAACAGCUCAAUUCUCACCUCUGGUAUAAGAAUUAUGAAGGAUGUAGGGGUCCAAACCAUCAUGCACCAGUUUGAUAGGGAUGGGGACAUUUUUUUAAGGGAGAUUACAUAAAUAUACAACAUGGAGGGUAAUACACACUUGGUCAAAAAUAGAAAAGGCUGACAAGAACCAAACAUCACCAAACAAAAACCUUACUUAUGAAGUGAUGCACGUGAGGAGGUUGUGGUAAUCUAAUUUUUAUAUUUAGUCUAACCCAAAAAUGCUGAAAAGUGAAGAAAAAUUGAAUGGUGCUAUAAAAUUACUAGAUAGCAAAUUCAUUUAAACAGUAUAGUUUACAUAAUCAUUCCUUGACUAGGACUGGUCUGCCCCGCCUUCCACCUGUCAAGCAUUGGUUGAUCAUUUGGAUCACCUGGUCAGCCUCCAUAGAAACUCCACAGCAAACAAAGGUGAAUAAACAUCCAUUCAUCCAUCUUCUAAACCCACGUAGUCCUGUGCAGGAUCACAGGAAUGCUGGAGCCGAGCCAGCCUCUGUCGGGUGAAGCCGGGGGUGAAUGUAUAUUUCAAAUCAGAUUGAAAAACUAUUUUCAUAAAUGUGUGAACCCAUUUAAGAAAUUAAUCUAGAUUUCAAUAAAAAGUUUAACAAUGUAAAAAAGAGUAAAUUUAAGUUACCGUACUUAAGAAGGAAAACACUGACACUUGAUAUUAACUGAUGAAGUCGCCACAAAGAAUGCAACAUUUUUAGAUAAUUGACAUAAAGAAACUAUACUAUGCUGCCUGAGACACAAAUUUAAAAAUCUGUUGAGACUGCAGUUGAGAGAACAAUUUAGUACAGAAGUUUGUUCUUCAUUUAGUUCAAUUGAAAAUGAAUUAAAAAAAAAACGCAUAAUGGG